GAAAACAAAUACAGUUUUAUCCGUUUUCACCGAGGUGUGAAAUAGAAGAAAUUAUAAUUUUAGGCCAUAUAGAAAGGUAGUAAUAUACAACUUUAUUAGUGAUCGUUUUGAAUAAAAUCAUGACUUGCUAGCUGCUCUCAACUAGAGUUGUUCUGCAUUGGUGGAAAGUGUGUAUGCAGAAAUUGCAUCCAUCCAGUGUUUAGUGGCCUAGUUGUUAUUUUUAUCAAUCCCUUUUGGUUGUGAAUUGAGAAAUUGUAUUCGCUGUGUGGAUUAAAGAAUCCUAUACCAAAUCUCCCUCGCUCAUCGCCGGAAUAGAUCGUCUAAAGUAAACAUGAAUAACUACAUUAAAUUUAUGGAAGUUCUAGGAAAUGUUAAGCAUCUAAAACGGACUGGCUGGGUGCUAAGAAAAGUUAAAGAUUGUGAAACCGUCUCGGGUCACAUGUACCGGAUGGCGAUGAUGUCAUUUUUUCUAGAGGAUAGCCACGGUUUGGAUCGAAUCCGUGUGAUGGAAAUGUCGCUUGUCCAUGAUCUGGCCGAAGGCAUUGUAGGUGAUAUUACACCUUACUGUGGAGUUUCGCGAGAAGAGAAACUAUUGAAAGAAUUUUCCGCAAUGACCGAUAUAGCUGAUUUACUUGGCCCCAACAAGGAUCGGAUGAUGGCUUUGUUCAAUGAAUAUGAAGAGGGCAAAACACCAGAAGCAAAGUUCGUAAAAGAUCUUGACCGGCUUGAUAUGGUAAUGCAGGCAUACGAAUACGAGAAACGUGAUAACUGUCCCAUGAAACUACAGGAGUUUUUCGACUCGACGGAAAAUAAAUUCUCCCAUCCCUUCGUCGUCGAUAUUGUAAACGCUAUCAAGACGCAGCGCGCAAAAACUUCAACAACGACUGCCGACAAUCUUACUAGUAAGCAAUGAGAAAACGGGUUGUAGUAUCGCAAUAUAAAAUAUAUUAGAUAUUCAGUUUCUUGUUACCACGAAUAUGUAGCCGGUAAUAGCACCCGCAUGCUUGUUAUCCGAAGCUUCCCAAAUACGGUGAAAGAUAUUCGUUCAUUUCUUUCUAGUCAUCAACGAACGAAAAAUUGCUCUUGUACAAAAUCGCACUGUUCUUUCAUAGCUUAAAACAAGCCGAGCAAAAUCGUGUUCUUAAUACGCAAAUCCACAAUUUGUGACUAGUGCGAUAAUAUUUAAAAUUAAAACUAAUUUACCACAUAACACCCA